CUGGUUCCAGUCACUCAGGAUCCGCAGUCAGACAAGCCGCAUGGUGACCUAACAGCAGAGAUGGGCUGUGCAGGAAUGUGUUGUGACAACCUGGAGGAACCCCUAACCCUGAUGAAGAUGGGUCUGAGCGUGAUCCUGGUCGGCCAUGUUAACUUCCUGCUGGGAGCUCUGGUGCACGGCAUCGUGCUCAGGCACAUCAACCUGCACGAGAAGGCCCGAGGCAUGGGCUACGCCAUCUCCAAUGUGGUCACUCUUAUCUCAGGGAUGUUGGGCGUCAUCGUGGGGAUUCUAGCUAUCGUCCUGUCGAAAAACAAGAAGAGCAAACGCCUGACAUGGUCCUUGUUCUCCAUCAGUCUGGUUUCAUCACUGGUGGCAGGAGGUACGGCCGUUGGACUCUUGGUGUCAGUAGUGAAGGCGGUCAUUAACGGCGGGCGGAUGCUCCUGACUCACUGCCGCUUCCCCGACGCCAUCGACUACUCCAGCGUUACCAACGAGUGUCCCUUUGACCCCACCCGUGUCUAUAGCACCACUCUGAUCCUUUGGAUUGGUCUCAUUGUGUCCUGUAGCAUUCAGAUGGUGUUUUCUGCCCGUUGCCUCGCCGCCUGUGCUUCCUUCUUAGGACUUCCCGGUUGCCCCAAAAGAAUGAGGCGUAAAACCAUCACUAGACCGAUCGAGGUAAAACCAGCAAAAGAUGCCUCCCGGCCGCGCUAUAGUGAACCCCCAAGACGGCACCAUGACACUUCACGGGUGUAUGCUGAACCUCCAAGAAUCCAUAAUAUGCAGCCUCGACAUCAUACCGAGCAUACCAGACGCCAUGAUGAACGUUCUCAACUUCACAUCAACUCUCCUGUAAACCACAAUAAACCAACCAAACAUUAUACCGAGCCUCCAAGAACCAACAAGAAACCAUCAAGGCGCACUACCACGCCUCCACGACCGGAGCACCAAGCUCCUUCAAGACAUCUCCCUUACCACGGUCGGAGUACUCCCCACUCAGAAAGGGAGCCUCUUCGGCAAUCUCACAGCGAAUGGUCGGACAUAGAACGUCAAGAAACAAGGAGCAGCAGUCAACAAAGGGGACGGGAACCGCGCCAUGACCUGAGGAGGGGCACAUCCAACAGGUCCAGCUUUUGGAUAUAGUUCUUUAUAAAUUGCGCAUUGUCGUUUGUUGCUGCUGAAGCCUCCAAGGUGUCCAGGAUGAUGCAGAGAAGAAUCUCUUUACCCUAAGACUACAGCUUUUACUAGCCAUAGUGUCAGGGACUGUAGGCAUUAUGUUUUUAUUCUGCAAGUCAAGGAGUUUUUUCUGAAAUUCAGGACAUUGUGUGCUUGUGAAUGUUGGUGCUGAUCUUCCUGGUUAUAUUAGACAGAGAGCAUUAGAAAUGACUGUUUUACCUUUUAAUCUUAAAGCAUGGUGCCAUCCUACAGUAAAAAGGAGAAGCUGUUUGUUUUUUGGGGAGGUUUAGCCAUGAAAUGGAAGGUAUAAUACCUUUCUAUGUAUCACAGGCUCUGAGAAAAGGCCUGGAGGCCAAAUUAAGCUGUUCAACCACCCAGUUCUCUAUCAAUGGAGGAACAGACCAGCAAUGUUUUUGUUUUUAUUAUGGAAACCUUUACUGAUUUUACUUCAACUGCAUGAGCGUGAACAUAUGUUUAUUCAAACUGUACUGCCCUACCAUACCGAUACCAUUUGAAAAUGAUAGCUGAGCUGGACUCGACAAAGCUUAGCUUGACUAGAUAAACAUAAAGCUAGUUAGGUAAACGUUAUAUAUGUACUCUGCACAAUCAAUAAUUUAUUUAUUUUACUUAAGGUGGGAAGAAUCAGACUGAAGUUCUGUCCGGGGAGGACAUUUCAUAGGUCUCAAAGACUCAAAUGGAAACGGAGAUGGAAAAAACAGAAUGGGUGUUAAUGAUGAGCUGUAACAGCUCCUGUUCUUAAAGUUCUGGUACUAAAGUUUGAGGAAAUCCUUUUGUUUUAACCGAUUAUAUAAAGGCCAAAAUAAAAAGAAAAAUAUCCCCCAAAACUAAUCUGAAGCCUAUAAAUAGUGUUACAAAAGUUUGACUAAAGCGUAUAUGGACAAGGCUAGGCUAACUACUAAAGGUCAAAGUUCACAGAUUAGCCUCCUCAUAAAAAUGGACUCGAUAUUUAUUAUGACAAAUACUUUAAAGUUUCCGAACAUUCAUUAAAAGGCUAAAUGUGUGACUGUCCUUAUUUAAAAACAUAAGCAAAGUUGGUGAAGAAAAAAGAGGCUUUAAUAGAUGCUAAAGAGCAUGCUAGCUUCAUGUUAGCAGAAACAACAGAAUGAAUGCUGAGCCGUAAGAGCUCCUGUUCUUAAAGUUUUGGUACCAAAGUUUAAGAAAACAAAUCCUUUUGUUUUAACCGAUUAUAUAAAGGCCAAAAUAAAAAUAAAAAAUCCACCAAAACUAAUCUGAAGCUAUUAAUAGUAUAACAAAUGUUUGACUAAAGCAUAUAUGGACAACGCUUCGCUAACUGCUAAAUCAGAGUUCACAGAUUAGCUUCCUCAUAAAAAGGGGCUUAAAAUUUAUUGUGACAAGUAGUUUGAAGUUUCUCAACAUUAAUUAAAAGGCUAAAUGUGGGACUCUGUUCUCAAUUAAAAACAUAAGCAAGUUGGUGAAGAAAAAAGGGACUUUAAUGGAUGCUAAAGAGCAUGCUAGCUUCAUGUUAGCCGAAACAACAGAAUGGGUGUUAAUGAUGAGAUGUGAGAGCUCCUGUUCUUAAAGUUCUGAUACCAAAGUUUGAGGAAACAAAUCUGUUUGUUUUAACCGAUUAUAUAAAGGUCAAAAUAUCCACCAAAACUAAUCUGAAGCCUAUUAAUAGUUUUACAAAAGUUUGGCUAAAGCAUAUAUGGACAACGCUUUGCUUAGUGCUAUAGGUCAGAGUUCACAGAUGAGCAUACUCAUAAAAAUGGGCUCAAAACUUCUUAUGACAAAUAGUUUAAAGUUUCUGAACAUUCAUUAAAAUGCUAAAUGUGGGACUCUGUUUGAAAAACAAGCAAGUUUGUGAGGAAAAAAGAGGCUUUAAUCAUGCAUGCUAGCUUUAGCUAGUAGCAUUGUUAGAUUUUUUACAAAAACAGAAAAAUUUGUUCAAUCCCUCAGAACUUUAAGAACAAAACGGUAUCAUUCUUGUUCUUGGAA